AUGCCAGGAUGCCUCGGCAGUCAACUGGGGGGGUUCACGUCUUGUGUAAACUUCACCGGUCCGCCUGCGGGCGACUGCCUGGCCCACGGCGACAGCUUUUCAACGGCUGCCGGGGACGAAGAAGGCGACUUCGACGCCUCUCUGUUGCAGUCGAGUCGAUCUGUGAAAAGGAACGACUCGGCCGGGGAAGUUUCGCGACUUUUCGAAAGCAAUCAAACAGAAGACAUCCGCACCGUGCACUGUGCGUCGAGCGCAGCCGGUGAAGCGACGAGGCCGUGCUCAUCCGAUAAACAAAACGCCAAGUCCCUGCAGCUUGUCCCUCUCACUGACCACACGUUUGCGCUUCCUCUGGACGCUCGUCGUUCCCGUCCAACCCUGAGGGAAGGCGAACUCCAGACGCCGCAGGAGAGUUUGGUCUCUGCGAGAAAGCGGGUCCUCGCCUUCGACGAGCUUGAGGAGAAGACGCAAAGAGAAGCUUCGUCAGAACUCCGGCCAUCUGGGGCACACGAGACAAAAACGGGAUGUGUUGACGCAGCGACGCUAGGAGCGACGCUGGGGACAUUCUUUGACGGCGUCCGCGAAGGAAACGGAGGGCCGGGCGAUGGCGACUUGGAGAUCUUUGGAGUUGCUGCGAAAAUCAAAGACGGGCUGUUUCUCGGGGACAGCUACGUCGCUCAAGAUGAAGAGUUCUUCAUCGCGAACAAAAUCACGCACGUCAUCAACUGCAGCUGUCUCCAAACGCCGAACUUCUUCCAAAACAGCGCCCUUGCCGUCUCCUACCUCAACUUGCCGUGCCCCGAACAAGGACCGAUGGAGCCUCUGCUGAAUGCAGAUGAUUUCCUCUCCGCAGUGAUUUUCCAGUUCAUUGAAGAGAGUUUGACGCAAUGCGAAGGUUGUUUGGUGCAUUCCGUGAGAGGUCAAUCCAGAGCCGCCACAGUUCUCCUUGCCUACUUCAUGCAAAAGUAUUCGUGGUCUCUCUCCAAAGCAGAAGAAUUUCUGUUUUCGCGGAGGCCUGGCCUCGAAAUGAGAGAUGAACAUUGGACGCAGUUGAAACAAUUGGAACGACGCCUCUCCAGGGCAAGGGGCCGCCUGUCACGCUCCUGGAGCGUCGACACGGAUCAGACGGGCGACGAGGAGGACGCGAUGGGCAUGAAGAAUCGUGUCUCCUCAUUUUAA